CGGUUUAAAAACGAGCGCUCGUAAACGUUUUUAACUCAUUGAGUCGCGGACGGUCUUUUGGUUCGCGCAAGACCGAGGAGCCUCAUGAAGUCUUAGACUUUUUUGUUUUACUGCCGAUUUUUAUUUUUAAAAUUAAGUCAAAAUGUGGGAACGUAAUAUUUAUUUAACAUGUGUCGGUCUAAGUGUUAUACUUAUUUCGAAUCUAGUCAAUGGACAAGUACUUCCGGUAGAAGGCGACUGUACAAAGUAUCAGAUGUGCGACGAGAGUGGCUGCUUCGUGUUCGACUGUGGCCCGGGUACGGAGUUCAAUCCAGCGAUAAGUGUUUGUGACUAUCCGCUCAGGGACAAGGGCCCGUGCGCCAGUUUCUGUGGACCGGACGAUAAACCGGUCAACAAGCGUCCAGGCUCCACUGGCCCUACGAGCAAUCACGGUGGCUCGCGAGGCCCGACUAGUAAUCAUGCCGGUUCUGCAGGACCAACGAGUAAUUCGGCAGGAUUGGCCGGACCGACGGCCAAUUAUGGUGGAUCUCAGGGUCCGACCCAUAAUUCAGCUGGUUUAGCUGGACCUACGGCUAAUUACGGCGGAUCUCAGGGUCCGACUCAUAAUUCAGCUGGUCUGGUUGGACCUACUGCGAACUAUGGUCCCAAUAUAGGCCCUACGAUGAAUUCUGCUGGGUUAGCUGGACCAACUGCCAAUUAUGGUCCUAAUGUAGGCCCUACGAGUAAUUCUGCUGGUUUAGUUGGACCUACUGCAAAUUAUGGUGGAUCUGUGGGGCCAACAAGUAAUUCUGCUGGAUUAGUUGGACCAACUGCCAAUUAUGGCGGUUCCAUGGGACCAACUGCUAAUCAUGCAGGAUCAAUGGGUCCAACUAGUAACUCGGCUGGAUUAGCAGGACCCACUGCAAAUUAUGGCGGCUCUGUAGGACCUACAAGUAAUUCUGCUGGACUAGCUGGACCAACCGCUAAUUAUGGUGGAUCAGUGGGACCAACUAGUAAUUCAGCUGGUUUAGUUGGGCCUACUGCGAACUAUGGUCCUAAUGUAGGCCCCACUAUGAAUUCUGCUGGAUUAGUUGGACCUACGGCUAAUUAUGGUGGUUCCAUGGGACCUACGGCUAAUUAUGGGGGUUCCAUGGGACCAACUGCUAAUUACGGUGGAUCAAUGGGACCGACAAGUAACUCGGCUGGAUUGGCAGGACCUACUGCAAAUUAUGGUGGCUCUGUUGGACCAACAAGUAAUUCUGCUGGGCUAGCUGGACCUACUGCUAACUACGGUGGCUCUAUGGGACCAACGAGUAAUUCCGCGGGACUGGCCGGACCCUCCGCUAAUUACGGCGGCUCCAUGGGACCAACGAGUAAUUAUGGAGGCUCCGCAGGACCAACAAGUAAUAGUGCUGGUUCUAUGGGUCCUACGAGUAAUUCAGCUGGGUCAGUCGGGCCCACUGUUGACUACCCAGCGGUCGUUGGACCCACCGUUGACUAUCCAGCCCUCGUUGGCCCUACAGCUAAUUAUGGAGGCAACGUGGGCCCUACCGCCAAUUACGGUCCUAACGUAGGUCCAACGGCAAAUUACGGUGGAUCCAUGGGUCCCACGAGUAAUUAUGGCGGAGACAUGGGUCCAACGAGCAAUUAUCCAGGCGCAAUGGGUCCAUCGAGUAAUUCUGCUGGAUCGUUGGGAGCGUCCAGUGCCUCGGCCGGAUCACUUGGUCCCACGAGCUUCACCGCUGGUUCACUAGGACCCAGCAGCGACUUCGGCGGAUCCGUAGGCCCAUCGAGCUUCUCGGCCGGCUCCAUCGGACCGGUAAGCAACUCGGCCGGCUCGAUAGGACCGAUGAGCAGUUAUCCCGGCGCAACGGGAGGAGGAGCCCCAAGCCAUUCCAGUAGCAGACCCGGCACGUCUGGCGGCUCUCCGAGGCCAGGGAAAAAACCUACGAGGCCGAGCGAAAAUUAUCAACAAGCUGCCUCGGGCGGCAGUUACGCGGACGCAGGCGCUUACGCCUCGGAACAUCAGAAUAAUAACAACAAUGGCGGCCACAGUUCCGGGCCUGGAAAGUACGCGAGUCCUUACAAGGAUAGUUCCGGCAAAAAUUGUGCGUGUUAAAUAUCGAAUGAACUCUGAGCUUUUGCAUUAAGAUAAGACUUGAAAAUAAAUAGCUUUACUAUAUAGUUAAGUACAAAUUGUUUCAUGUUAUGUAAAUAAAUGGUUUAACUUGUACGUUAUAAAAAUCUUUCGCCUUGUAA